AUGGGGCCAGGUGAAUGCACCUAAAUGCUAUCUGUUUGACUAGCUAACCAUGUUCUAACAGGGUUUCAGAUUUCCCUAGUUGGGUACGUUUGACACCAGGUAAAGCAUGAACCAAACAGGGACGAUGCAGGAUAAAUGGGUCCAAACCGGCUGGAGAAGAGAGCAGAAGUACGCCAACAAAGUGCUGUUAGGCAACUGGGUAGAAGAAAGCCUUCAGUUCACUCGGGAGCCAAAGACAGCCAACAGCACCAAUCGUGUAGACUACGGGCCCCACUGGGACUUCAAGCCAGACGUCUUUGAGAGAAGAUCUGCCCUGCUGAGAGCUGAGGGGCUUCCAUCCAAGCUGCUAUUUGCCCACUAUGGCCCACCAUCCUCUCAUUACUUGGUCACGCAGUAUGAAGAGAGCUACGGGCGUAAGCACACCAAUGCUUUGCCCACUCUGCGACCCUGCCAUCCAGACAGCUUGACAUGGCAGUUUGACAGGUCUGACUGGCCAAUUUCUGCCCUUCCAACCAACUUUGGCCUGCUGCAGUCCACAAAGCACCGUUUGGAAAUGCAGCAGUCACAAAUCCCAUCACUGACUGUGUACAGGUCAGCAUACCAGAGGCACCCACUUAGUACCUUCUGCCAGAGCCGCUUUGCCAGGGCUUCACACAUGCUUUCCAGCCACCUCCAUGCAGCCAAUCACAACAACAAGGACCUGGAUCUGAGACGGCGCUCGCUACUACAAAUCCCAGAUCCUUGUGUCAGUCUACUUCCACAGUCACAACAGGUUUAGAGACAACACUGUGACUCUUGAAUUGCAUCACAUGCUGCUUGUUAAUUUAGAAGCUCUGCUUAAAGUGGUGCUGCUUUGUAGUUCUUCUUUUUUAUUAGUCAGCUGCAUGAAAAAAUCUAACGGAACAGACCAUUUGGGAAAUCAAAAGGAAUUUAAAAAAUUAAACAUGAUUCCCAUUAUGUUGCUGUGAGGACUACUGUAGGUUUGUUGUGUGGUGAGUAGUUUCAGUGUUUAUAUAUAUGAAUAUGUGUGUGUCUAUGAACAACAAGGAGAGAGGAGGGUGCUAUAAAUUAUGUCUGCCCUUCCAGAGGAUAAUUACAUGCAAAUUCUUCCUCUCUCCGUACAGUUAAUAUCUGAAACUCAGAAUGGGCUGUUAGUAUUACCCUAGAUACUCUGUGGAAAAAAGAAAAGAAAGAGAAAUAAACAACAUAAUAAAACAAGCGAUGCCAGAACGGACCUGGGCAUUGAGGCAGACCAGAAGCCAUGAGUCAUCCAAGGCAACAUCUGAAGGGACGGGUCCAACUCCCAUUCCAUUAGGUGUUUAGUUACAGGGAAUCAAAGUGUUUAAUUAGGAAGAAUCAAAGAUGCUUAUGUUUGAUGGUCAACCAUCUGCGUCUGCCUCCCUUUAUCCCGCUUGCCUGCUGCCUUGCAGUGCAGCUGAAGCCCUCUGUUUCACCCACUGUUAGCUAGUUAGUGACACUACUAUGCUGCUGAUGCCUGCGUGUCACAUGAUGCCUCAGUGUUGUGGGAAGUCUAGAGCUUAACAUGUCUCACCCAAUGCACUGUUGUGUUUGCCUUGUGAACCACAUGAUGGUGCUAUAGCAGCACGUCACUGUCUGAAACCUGUCAACGUGUCUUUGAAGUCCUCAGUGUUACAGUGAAAGACUUGAUUGUAAAUCAUCAAACAAUGAGGGAUUUAAUAUUUGUAUUAUUCUUAUACAUAUUUCCAUUGUUAAUGUAAUUGCUCAGCACUUAAUAAACCACAAGUGUUUA